AUGCUUCAUUGUAAUGCCGUGGAAGCAUUCUGGAACCUGGAGAAAACAAAUCCUAAAUGCCGAAAAAACAAAAUGCUUGGUCGAGAAACUCCGGGACAGAAGGACCGAUAUUAUGUUUUUGGAUGUGAUGUGGUUUUACCUGCAGAUUUAAUGCAAUUCUCGACGGUUUUACAUGCAAGAAGAACGAGGAUUCGAGUCGGAGGUGUGACAACGAGGUAG